GAGCCCAGGAGAGCAGUGAGUGAGCAGAGUCCUCUUGAGCCUCGAAGGAGAAGGCCAGGCACCCUGCCCAGGCCCCACCAUGUGCAGACUGGAGCCGUUUCUGAAGAGGUCCCUGGUGGUCCUCCUUUUCCUGGGCCUGACAGAGGCCUGCAUUCCUCGUGAAGGGCUGAUGAGCAGACUGUCCCCGGAUGGUUUCAGACAAAACAUCAUAUCCUCCUCCAAGACGCCUCCCCUGGUAACCACUCCAGACAGGACAGAAGAAGAAAGUCUGCUGAGCCUCCAAGUGCUGAACGAAGAAACAAAUGACUGCCAAGAGGAAGUGAAGUCCCCCCCAACCACCACCACAGCCAAGGCACUUGUGAGGCAUGGCGGAUGGAGCUUUUUGAGAUGUGCCUACAUGGUGAUGACCUUUUUCUUCGUGUCCUACAAUAAAGGAGACUGGUGUUACUGCCACUACUGUAACCCGGAUGUGGAUGUGAGAGACGACCCCUGCUGUUCUUUCUAGUGAACCUGCCCCAUCUCAC